AUGGCUCUCUCCCUCCCAGAAACAUUCACAAGCGUCACUCUCGCCGAACGACCAAAAGCCAAUAUAAUUCCCGGCACAACGUUCCAAACUAAAUCCGACAACAGAACACCAUCACCAUCCACCCUCAAAGAUGGCGAGAUUCUUAUCAAGACACUCUACCUCUCCCUCGACCCAGCCAUGCGAGGCUGGCUUAACAACACCAGGAGCUACAUCCCACCAGUCCAAAUCGGCGAAGUCAUGCGCGGCAGUUCCGUCGGCAUCAUUCUAGCCUCCAAAUCCGCAAACUACAAAACUGGAGAUUUGGUCGUGAGUAACUCGGCAGGAUGGGUGGAGUAUGCAGUCCUCCAAGAGAAGAACUGUGAGAAAGUGCCUGACACAGGUGAUGGAAAGAAACGGAGUGCGAUUGAUGCGCUGAGCGUCGUAGGGAUGACGGGACUCACUGCCUAUUUCGGUAUCUUGAGAGUCGGAGAAGUGAAGAAAGGUGAUUUUGUCGUCGUGAGUGGAGCAGCAGGCGCAACAGGUAGUGUUGUCGGACAGAUUGCGAAGCUCAAGGGUGCGACAGUACUGGGUAUAGCUGGUAGUCCUGAGAAAUGCAAAUGGUUAACUAAAGAACUGGGAUUUGACCAAGCACUAAACUACAAAGACCCGAACCACGCGAAACAGUUCCGUGAAGCUACGAAGAAGAGACUUAUCGACGUAUAUUUUGAUAAUGUCGGAGGCGAGAUCCUGGACCUUGCGCUUAGUCGAGCGGCACCAUUUGCUCGAUUCGUGAUGUGUGGUGGAAUCAGUCAGUACAAUGAGGCGGUACAAAAAGGACCGAAAAACUAUCUGAUGAUUGUCAGUAUGCGUAUUCGGAUGAUCGGAUUUAUUGUCUUCGACUACGCGAAGGAGUAUAGCAGUGCCAGGGAGGAGUUGGCACAAUGGGUUCGCGAAGGGAAAUUGAAGAGAGGAGAGACCAUUCUCGAGGGUGGACUGAAGGAAGCGGAGCGGGGAUUGGUCAAACUAUAUGAAGGUGCAAAUACGGGGAAGAUGCUUGUCGAGGUUGCGAAGCUCAAUGGGACAGAAAAGUCCAAGUUAUGA